AUAUCAUUUUAUCAUCAACUCUCUGACCUGACUAGAAGUUCACUGUGUACACUGUAUGUUUGUUUAAGUGUGUAACAAUAAUAGUCUUCAUAGCCUUAGAAGAAGCCUUUUCUAUUUACUUUAGACAAGGGCCUUGCUUUACAGCGGCAGCCAUUUUGUGCUGCCAUGUUACUACAGGAGCCCAGAACGGACAAAACCAGCCAGAGGCUCCCAAAGCAAACGAAGAAGAGCAACAACGUACUUCCAUGACGCACGCUUGACGGGAAAGCGAAGGAUCGGUAGAGGAGUCCUCUGUUUGCUACACUCUGCGCUCUCACCACUAGAUGUCACUAACUCUGACACACUGGACCUUUAAUUUCACAAUCGCACAUUGCCAUUCAAGGACGCACUUGUUUGCCCAAGACAAAGAAAGACUUUUCGAGGGAACGUGAAGUCUCAGCAGAUUGAGGAAGUUUCUCAGCUCAGCCAAUCACGGCCCCCCCAUGUUUCUCUGAGCUCUGGGACCGGAGAGGAAGUGAGCAGCUGGAGUCAUGUUUCAGAGACAGAUGUGAGGCGGGACUCCCUCACUCCCUCUCACACACACACACACACACACACAGGCACCAAGUUGUUGCAAAACUUGAGGCUGAAGCUCGACGGCACUUGGUAAAGACGCGUGAAAAGGGAAGAAGGGAUCUGCUCCUGAGAUUGUGAUCAUGGCAGAUGAAGCAGCAGUGGUGGAGGAAGGCGCCGCGCCGGCCGAGAACCCGCUGGUCGCUGUCACCUUCCAGAAGAACCUCCAGAGAGCACAGAAGUACCUGGAGAGUGAACCCAAGGCUCUGGGGAUCACUCAGAUUUGCUUCAGCCUGUUUCACAUCAUCCUGAUCAUUAUGCUCAUAGCCCAAGAGCUGGCUAGUUUAGAAAGUGGCAUCCUCUUCUUAAUUGCGUCACCACUGGUGAUGAUCGCUGGAUGUGUGGCCAUAGUAGCACAGAACCUCAAUCUGACGAUGCUGAGAGCCUGCUUGGGGAUGCAGAUUGUGUCGUGUGGGGCCUCCGUCUUAAACCUGUUCGGUACACUGGCUCAAAUGAGUGAGGCAAAAUCAAUAUGCUGGCACUAUUACUAUGAAAACCGCACAAUGCUUUAUGCAGACGCCUGCUUAAAUAUGGAGCACACACACAGCCACAUUGCUGCUGAGAUUGGGAUUGUCCAUGCUGCUCUGUUUGCCAUCUCUGCCACUCUGGCCGCCUACAGCUGCAAGGUGGUCAACUGCUGCUCGGCGGCGCCCAGAAUGACUGUGAUCACGGUGCAAGCUCCAGCUGUCCAGCAGUGAGGAGACAGACAAACGGCACAAACCACAAACAGCUGCACUAUCACUCAGUAUUUUUAUACUAACAACAACCCAUCAUGUGUAAUGUGAAACACUUACUCUGCUUUCACUACCGUAUCGUUUUGUUGUUGUUGUUUUAAAAAAGAGGGUCCAGUGUGGAAGAUUUGGGAAGUGAAUAUUCUACCCACAUGUAUGUUUCUGAAUCAGAAUACUUUAUUAAUCCCUGUGUGGGGAAACUGGGUCAAAUUGGUAGCGCAGAACAAAACCAGUUUUGGAAAUUAACGUUUUAUGUCAGGUAAUGAAGGUCCGUUUUUUGACCCCCAGAAGACGGCAGGUGUGAAAAAAAUUCAAAUGAUACAAAUACAACAUCUUUACCCAACUUUAAACUCAAAAACACGGUAUACUUUUAUCUGAACAAGGUUUAUUGGCCCUAAAAUUCUAAACUGAAUGGAAAAUUGUGUGAUAAUGGGACUAAAGAUGCUUUAAAUAACAGUCAAACGAGAUGAGGGCCAUCUUUGACCCCAGAGGACAAAAGCUGUAUGACAAUCGGGAGGGACGUUUCGAGGGCUAAAGUGUAUGAUCACUUUAAAAUAAACAUCAUUUAGUUUUUGUGACCGUAAAUUAAGAAAAAUAAGAAGCAUAUUAUGAUGCGAACAAAAGGAAAAUAUCCUUUUCGGUAUGUGAUGGCCGUCGUAGCUUCUUGCAAUCUGCAAUCUUGCCAUUAGAUGUCACUAUUUCUUACACACUGGGCCUCCAAAUGUAUAAACGUAUGAAUUUUUUUUACAAUUUUUUUGUCUCUGCUGAACAUAAAAAUAAUGAUCAGUGUUUACUGCUUCAACAAUGUCCCGACUCUUUGUACGUGAUCUGUUUAAUACGGUAUGUUCUCUGUAACGUGAAAUUAUUUGUCUUGUAAAGCUUCACUCUCUCACUUAAACAUGUACACCACUGUACAGAGAUGACAUAUACACUUAAUUGUGACUUGGAUAUUAUUAUUAUUAUUAUGCACAUUCAUAUUCUUAUAAACAUCACUUUGAGAUUGUUACUUUAUGAUUAUCACCACUAUUGUUUCCUUUGUCACUGCCACUAACAUCUAAUACAUAAUAAACCAGCGUAAAAGGA